CAGCAGAGUCAGCAUGGUGGACACGGGUUUGAGAACUCUCACUUCAGCUGAGGUGGGCUCUGUAGCCAGGUAGAAAUCUACCGAUGUAUGAAAGGGGAGAAGGGAUGGAAUGUAGUGCAUCCUCCGAUGGUGGUUUGCACUUUGUUACCGGUAUUUGAACCCAAACACAUAACGCAGUGUCUACCGCACGACGACGACGACGAGCAUCACCACCACCAAAGAUCGAUAUCCAGCACUAAUUUCCUACACAAUGUCUCCCCCCCAGAAAUACUACAAAGUCGCCGUCCUAAUCUUCAACGGCGUCGACCUCCUCGACUUCACCGGCCCCCUCGAGAUCCUCUCCCACGUCUCCCACAACCACAACCCCGACGACCCAGACCUCGCCUUCACCAUCGACAUCAUCGCCCGCGACUCCAUCGUGCGCGCCAAAAACGCCCUCUCCAUCAACGCCGACCUCGUCAUCGCAGACCCCACCACCUCGCGCAAACUCCCCGAGUACGACAUCCUGGUUUGCCCCGGCGCCCCGCCGUCCGUCAUAGACGGUCUGCUCGCUCCUUCCCACGACCAUCGCGAAACUCCCGAAGUGGACCUCAUUCGCAGGUUCGCUGCCCUACCCCGUAAGGAGGAGGGUGUCCCUCGCGUGGUCUUCUCCGUCUGCACGGGGGCCUUUCUGGUUGCCAAGGCGGGGCUGCUCACCGAUGGUGUGGUGGCCACUACCCACCACCGCGCGGUGGAGUCCCUGGGCCGGCUCUGCGCAGAGGUAAACAACCCCGCUGCCGCGCCGCCUACUAUUAUCCACCGCCGCUAUGUCGACCAGGAGGUUAGCUCGCUGGGCGUUCGUCUGCUGACGGCCGGGGGAAUCAGCAGUGGGCUGGAUGCCUCGCUUCAUCUGGUCUCUCGGUUGAUCUCUCCCGAUAUGGCCCAGUUCGUCGCGCGCGUGAUGGAGUAUGAUGUGAAGUUAAGCGAGUGACGAGGCCACGCGGAUGGGCGUUCAUCCACCGUAGAGCUAGUUCAAU